UUCGGCAUCCUCAUAGAUUUUAUAAAUGAUUAAUUCUAAAAAUUUGCUAUUUUUAAUAUUUUUUUAUGCCCUUACAAUAAAAUUACAUAAUUUAUCAUUAAAUGGAGUAAAAGAAUUGAAUAGAAAUAAUUGGAGAGAAAUUUUAAAUGGACAAUGGAUGAUUAAAAUCUUUGCUCCUUGGUGUCCAGCCUGUAGAGCCUUGGAUACUCCCUGGAGAGAAUUCGCUCAAUUUGGAACGCAUUUAGAUAUAACUGUUGCUGAAAUUGAUAUAACAAAAUAUCCAGGUUUAAAAAUAAUAAUUGGUUUGUAUAAUAUAUAUAUAGAAUUAAGUGGAAGAUUUUUAGUUACAACUCUUCCUACAAUAUUGCAUGUAAAAGAUGGGAUAUUUAGAGAAGUUAAAGGUCUUUAUGAUAAAGACAAGAUUAUAUCUUUCGUCAAAGAUAUGCAAUGGAAGAAUAUCUCCCCUCUCCCUUCAUGGAAAAAUCCUAAUACUUAUCACAUGGCAGCUCUUGGAGAAUUCUUUCGUAUUUCUAUGGCUAUAAGGGAUUUGCAUAAUUAUUUAGUAGAAGACAGAGGCUUACCAUAUUGGUUAUCUUAUAUUUUGUUUAUUCUAAUUACAAUAUUCAUUGGAGGGAUUAUGGGAAUUAUUCUUGUAUUUUUUGCUGAUUAUUUUACCUCAAAACCUCAAAAACCCUUAAAAUAUUCAAAGCUUAAAAAAAUUAAUGAACAAAAAAAAGAGGAAGAUAUAUUAGCUCCAGAUUUGAUCAAUCUAAUAGAUAGUAAUGAAGUUAAUGAAUUGGCAAAUAAGAUCAUUGAAGAAAUGGCCAGCAUUCCUAAAAAUAUUAUACAUGAUUCUACAAAUGAACCACAUAUUUAUAAACGUAAAUAAUUUUUCUAUUAACUAUACCAUAUAAAUAUGUUGUUUUUUAUAUAAAAAUAUAAUUUAUUUGUAUAAAUGAUAUUUAAUAUAUUUUAAAAUAAUCUGUAUGCUAAUGACAUAUUGUUAUAUUGAAUAUUUAUAAAUAAAAUAUUUAAUAUGUUAA